AUGGCACUUCCGCCUAGAUGGACUUUCUUACUCCAUUUACUCGCUAUACUUUUAUUAUUAUCCUCAACAAAGACCUUUGGAUCGGCAACAGAUACAGAAGCAGAAGAAGAGGAGUUCCAUGAGGAAUUGUUGUUGAAGCCGUUGCCUGAUCGAAAAGUGUUGGCCCAUUUCUACUUUGAAACUGGAGCUCCUCCUUCUAAUUCUAAUGGCCACCACCAUCAUCUCUUCCCUAAAGCCAUUUCUCAGCUGGUCCAGAAAUUUCAGAUUAAGGAAAUGGAAUUAUCUUUCACACAAGGUCGCUGGAACUAUGAACGUUGGGGUGGGUUUGACACCAUAUCGAGCAACUAUGCUAAGCCUCCUGGAGUUGAGUUGUGGGCUGUCUUUGAUGUUCCUAAAGAGCAAGUUGAUGCUUCUUGGAAGAAUUUAACCCAUACUCUUUCAGGUCUUUUCUGUGCUUCAAUUAAUUUCCUUGAAUCUUCUACCAUGUAUUCAGCUCCUGACUGGAGCUUUAGGCAAGCUUCUGGCAGUCUGAGGUAUGGCACGCUGCCCCGUGAGGCUGUUUGCACUGAGAACCUAACUCCAUGGUUGAAGCUUCUUCCUUGUCGAGAUAAGGCUGGGCUUUCUGCCUUAUUGGACAGGCCUUCAAUUUAUAGAAGUUUUUAUCAUUCUCAACAAUUGCAUUUGACUUCAAAGCCAUCUGAUCUUGAGGGGUUGAAUUUAGGCAUUGUUCUAGAACAAACACUUACCGUUGUUCUUGAUCCCAGUAGUCAAAGAACUAGCUUGACUCAUAUUAGUGAAUCAUAUCUUCAGCCAAGUUGGUCUUUGAGUUCAAUUUUUGGAAGGAAAGUUAAUGGGAAGUGUGUUCUUGCUAAGUCUAGUAAUGUAUAUCUUCAGCUUGAGAGAGGCCUAGUUGCUGAACUGAAGAAAAAUGAGAAUUAUGGGGCUGACUAUAUUGCCUCUGAAGGUUUUGAUGGCGAAACCAGCUUUGAAUUGUCAGUUAACCCAGACAGGGUACUUAAAGAAGAAAAUAGUAGGCAUGGAAUAGGCUCCUCUUUUCUUUAUGAAUUUUCAGUUGAGAAGUACAGCAACUCUAAACCAUUUGAUCUAGGCCUAACAUGGAAAUUUCCUGUAAUAUGGUCAUGUCAACAAGCACCAUUACAUUCUAGUAGGUUUCUGAUGGGCAGUGGGAAUGAAAAUGGUGCAAUCGCUAUCUCGUUGAAAUCUACAGAUUUAAAUGACAGUUCCCUGGGUGCUAAUGGUGCUAGUGAUGGAUGUGAGUUGCAUGUUAAUAUUUUCCAAGUUGUCCCUUGGUAUACCAGGGUUUAUUAUCAUUCUCUCCAGCUGUUUGUGGAUGAUCAACCAAAGGCAGUUGGAGAUUUUGUGGAAAAGAUGCAUGUUUUGCCUUCAAAAGACAAGAUAUCACCUGGUAUGAUGGAGAUGGUUCUGAAGCUUCCUUGUGGUGUGAAAUCAGCUGCUUUGACAUUAGAGUUUGAUAAGGGUUUUUUGCACAUUGAUGAGUACCCUCCAGAUGCUAAUCAAGGAUUUGAUAUUCCAUCAGCUGCAAUAAGCUUUCCUGACUUCCACGCAAGCAUGCUUUUCCCUAGAAAUGACUCUCUGAAGAAGUCACCCAUGCUGUCUAAAUUUCAGGAAAAGAGUCAUGUUCUCUCUUAUACUGAAGUAUUACUUGUACCUUUGACAACUCCUGAUUUUAGCAUGCCCUACAAUGUCAUAACAAUCACGUGCACGGUUUUUGCACUGUAUUUUGGAUCGCUGCUCAAUGUACUUCGGCGCCGGGUUGGAGAGGAGGAAAGACUUCUUAAAAGAAAAGCUGCUGGAAAAACUGGUCGCCUUUCUGAACUGCUGUCCAGAUUGUCUGCCAAACUUAGUGGGAGAUCACAGGAACCGGCCCAAUCCCCUUCAAAUUCAUCAUCCUUGAUAAAUUCUAAAUUACUACUUAAAGUCUUGUUAGUGGUUGCAUUUGCUGUUGCCUGGCAAUAUUAUUUUAUAUGA